AUGGGACGUGAGGAGCAAGGAAGGACUUGGUGCAUGGACGCAGCUCAACUGGAUACGCAAAGGAAGAAGGAGGAAGUCAUCUUGAAGACCAGCUCGACCAUCCGGUCGAGUUCCUCAACUCGACCGGCCAAGCUUCAACUCGAUCGAGCUGAGAAGUCAACAGUCAAACCCGAAAAAUGUUGCUUCCCCCUUGACUUCCCUUUGACCCUAAACCUAAUCCCUUUGCGAUUCUACAUGGAAGUGAUGGAAAUCGUUGGAAAAGGUCCACUAAGAGCUCCAAUAACUCUUGCUCUCGAAAUGGAGUUCAUAGGGGUUGGAUGGAUUAGUUUGAGCAAUGAUCCUAUGGCCUCCAAGGCUUGA